AUGGCUACCCCUAGUGUCCUCGCUUUUGACGCUGAGGGUCGAGCCAUUGACUUUGAGGUCUGGGUCGACGACCUGCAACUGUUCUUACAAUGCGAUAGGGCGGACGGCCUUUCUCUCUUUGAUCUCACCUCUGGCGCCUCUCCUGCCCCUGCUGCUGAUGGUGACCCCACUGUUCGCUCCCAGUGGGCCACGCGCGAUUCUGCUGCACGUCUUGCUGUGCGUCGCCACCUGCCUACCACUGAGCGCGCGCACUUUAGUCAGUACAAGAGUGCUCAGACCUUGGACCACUUCCUCUCACUUUGCCCCACCACUCUCACCGUUGACCUCCUCGAGAAGGCCCUCCUAGCGAUAGAGAAGAGCAUAGUCGCUGUAGGAGCCUCUCGUGGUGACCCUCGCACCCCCGUCUUUGAGGGGUGUUCUCCCUCCCCCCUGUUGCCCUCUGUUACCUCUGCUGCUGCCGCCGACCUGCUUGGUCUUGAGUCAGUCGGUGCGGCGUCUGCCCCUAGCGGGAGACGCUGCUCUGGCAAGGGCAAAGGGGGCAAGGGCGUGGGUGGAGCUGGCGGGGGUGGUGGAGGUGGCGGUGGAGGCGGAGGAGGGAGUGGGGGUGGCGAUGGGAGUGGUGGCGGGGGUGGUGGUGGUGGUGGCGGCAGCGGAGGCGGAGGCGGUGGUGGCAAUAGCGGUGGGAGCGGAGGCGGCAGUGGUGGCGGAGUUGGAGGCGGCGGUGGCGGAGGAGGUGGAGCUGGUCGGGGUGGUGCCUCGCGGCGGAGCGGCUCUGGUGGUGGUCAGUGCCAGCAGCAGCAGCAGCAAUCUCGGGACAUCCCCCCUCCUCAGCAGCUCCGUGAGUGGUACACGCAGCGUCAGCGUGGUGGGGAUUUUGGUCCGUGCACCUACGUCCUUCGCUCCGGCGAGCGCCGUCAGCAGUUCCCCGAGGCUAGUGAGAUCCCCCGCUGGGGAGAGCUCUCUAGGGCGGGUGUAGCUAUCUAUGAUCUUGAUUUUGAUGCUAUCCUUGCUGCCAUCUAUGCUGUUACUAUUAGUGAUGAGGGUGACAGUUACUGGUGUUUCCCGCCCGACUCGAGCAUUUGUACUGCUGCGCUAGGUGCUCGUGAGGCUGCUGCUCUAGGUGCCAGCGCGUCUGCGCCCUCAGGUACUGGUGAGGCUGCGCUCUCAGGUACCGCGUCGGCUUCGGCCUCCCUCACUUUCACACUUGACUCGGGGGCUUCUUGCUCCUUCUUUCAAGACCGCACCACACUCACGCCGCUUGGUCGGCCGGUUGCAGUCUCCCUGGCUGACCCCUCUGGGGGUUCUGUCCUCUCUCACUUCUCCACUGUCCUCCCGUGUCCGGCUGCCCCCUCGGGCACCUUGUCUGGUCUUAACCUCCCCUCGUUCUCGACGAACUUGGUGAGUGGUGCUGACCUGCAGGAUGCGGGGGUUCACCUGUUUACUCCUGCGAGUCAGCGAAUGACCCACUGCUCAGACGCCCGCACAGGCCGACACCUGGCCACGUUUUUGCGUCGGCCGGGGUUGAGUCUCUACACCCUGACCACUGAGUCUCCUCCUGUCCCUGCGUCUGGCCAGGUAGCUGCGUCGGGCCAGGUGUUUGCUGCUGCGUCCAGGUCUGGUCCUGAGUCUGCCCUCUCCUCGUGUCGCCUCUUGUCUCACAAGACUCUCCUGUGGCACCACCGUCUUGGCCACCCCUCCCUACCUCGUCUUCGGGGCAUGGCUUCCCGUAUCCUUGGGCGGCUCCGGGCUGCCCCUCACUCCUCUCAGUUUCCCUUGACAGAGGCUCCGCUGCAGACGCUUCACAUGGACGUGUGGGGCCCGGCCCGCGUCCGUGGACAGGGUCACAAGCGCUACUUCCUGCUGGUGGUUGACGACUACUCGCGUUACACCACGGUCUUCCCCUUGCGCAGCAAGGGUGAUGUCACUGAGGUGUUGAUCGACUGGAUCCGCGCAGCUCGUCUCCAGCUUAGGAGGAGCUUCGGCUCGGACUUUCCUGUUCUGCGUCUGCACUCUGACCGAGGCGGAGAGUUCUCCUCUGGCCUUCUGCGAGCCUACUGUCGUGCGCGAGGCAUCCGCCAGACCUUUACGCUUCCGGACUCUCCACAGCAAAAUGGGAUUGCUGAGCGCCGCAUUGGCAUGGUCAUGGAAGUCGCUCGUACGUCCAUGAUGCAUGUGGCUGCCCCCCAUUUUCUGUGGCCGUUUGCGGUUCGGUACGCGGCGCAUCAGAUCAACCUUCAGCCCAGGGUCUCCUGGCCGGAGACCUCCCCAGCUCUGCUGUGGACGGGGAAGGUCGGCGAUGCGUCUGCGUUCCGUGUCUGGGGAUCUCGGGCGUUUGUCCGCGACUUGUCUGCGGACAAGCUGUCCCCUCAUGCUGCUCCCUGUGUCUUCCUUGGCUUCCCCCCUGACGCACCAGGGUGGCAAUUCUACCACCCCUCCUCUCGUCGUGUUCUGUCCUCCCAGGACGUCACGUUCGACGAAUCAGUCCCCUUCUACCACCUCUUUCCCUACCGCACUCCUUCCCUCCCCCCGCCACCGCACUUCCUUGUGCCAGGUCCCCCCCCGGUAGACCCCCUUCCCCCUCAGGGUCCUGCCCCUUCAGGUGUGUCCCAGGUAGACGCAGUCGAGCCGGUCGAGGUUGCUGGUGACUAUGGUACUGCUGCUGGUGCUGACUUUGGGGGUGCUGCGCGCGUGGGUGCUGAGCCUGGGGCUGCUGAGUUUGGGGGUGCUGCAACUGGGGGUGCUGAGCCUGGACUGCUGAGUCUGGGGGUACUGCGACUAGGGGUGCUGAGCCUGGGGGUGCUGAGCCUGGGGGUACUACGACUGGGGGUGCUGAGCCAGGUGGUACUGCGUUUGAAGGUGCUGAGCCUGGGGGUGCUACGUCAGGAGGUGCUGAGCCUUGGGGUGCUGCGUCUGGAGCUACUGAGCCUGGAGGUGCGGAGCCUGCGGCUGCUAGGCCUCCCUUUGUGGAGUCUGGCGGUGCUGGGCUUGGAGCGCUGGAGGCGUUCAGCUGGAGCUGGAGCUGCUGAGGGUGUUGGCGCUGAGACUACUGCUGUUAGUCCUGGCGGUGGUCUUGCUGCGGGUGCUGCUGGUGCUGCUCGAGGUACUGCAGCCGGAGGUGCUGUUGGCGCUGGUGCUGCCGCUGAGGAAACUUGUGCUGUCCCUGCUGUUUCUGGAGUUGCUGCCCGGCCUUGGCCGUACUUUGUUCCGCUCCUUCAGCAGGUUCUUGGUACUUCUCCUCCUGUAGAGUGUCCACCGCCUCUCCAGUCUCUGUCACAGUUACCGCCCGCCUCCCCACUGCCUGCUCCCUCUCCUUACACUGGUCCUACUGGAGGUCUUGCUGAGCGUCGUGAGCCUGUGUCUCGUCCCGCGUCGCCUGUUAGUGCUGCUCGCGCCAGUGGUCGCGGUUCAUGUCAACGUCCUCCUCUUGUCCCUGGCACACACCGGAUGUCUCUGCGUCCGUCCACUGCUCCUCUACGUGCCCCUUUGUCUUCUCCUCCUGAGUCCUCUCUUCCUGCGCUUGCCGGCCCGGAGUCGGACUCUUUUCGUGCUACCAGUCCUACUGUCACGCGUCUCCUUGCUACCAACGUCACUGACCCCUCUUUUGAGUCCACUGCUGCGUCUGCUCUUAUUGCUGAGCUCGUCGACUUUGCUGCUCGCUGUCGUCUAGACUACGCUGCUAGUCUCGUUGCUAAGUCUGCGUCUGUCUGUCCUCCAUCCGUUGGGGGUGAGUGUGCUCUUGGCACAGACGUCCUUGAGGACAAGCAGGAGGAGUUCCAGUGUUUCGCUGCUGCUUCACCUCAUCUCGCAUCCGUACUGCUUGCCCCUGAGGGAGACCCGGAUGCACUAGACAUCCCGACUUCGCGCUCUUACGCGGAGGCCGUAGAGGGUCCCUACUCCACUCAGUGGCAGGCAGCUAUGGAUGUAGAGAUGGCUUCCUGGAAGUCCACAGGCACCUACGUUGACUCGGUCCCUCCUCCUGGGGCGAACAUCGUCAGUGGCAUGUGGAUCUUCAGGGUGAAGCGGCCGCCGGGCUCUCCACCUGUCUUCAAGGCGCGAUACGUGGCUCGUGGCUUCAGUCAGCGGCAGGGAGUUGACUACUUUCAGACCUUCUCUCCCACCCCGAAGAUGACCACUCUUCGGGUGCUGCUACACAUAGCCGCUCAGCGCGACUACGAGCUUCACUCUCUUGACUUCAGCACUGCUUUCUUGCAGGGUAGCCUGCACGAGGAGAUCUGGCUGCGCCGUCCACCUGGCUUCACUGGGACUUUCCCUCCUGGCACCCAGUGGAGCCUCCGAUGGCCAGUCUACGGUCUCCGCCAGGCACCGCGUGAGUGGCACGACACACUGAGGACUACGCUUGCGGCCCUUAGGUUUGCUCCCUCUACUGCUGACCCGUCGUUGUUUCUAUGCACCUACACCUCUCUGCCACCGUUCUACAUCCUCGUGUACGUCGAUGACUUGGUCUUUGCCACAGCUGACACUGCUGGACUCGCCCACGUGAAGUCCGAACUGCUGAAGAGACACAAGUGCACAGACCUAGGUGAACUGCGUAGCUACCUUGGCUUGCAGAUCACCCGGGACAGAGCACGCCGCACCAUUACCUUGACUCAGUCACACAUGGUGCAGCAUGUCCUUCAGCGCUUCGGCUUCACGUACUCCUCGCCUCAGGCCACUCCUCUGUCUACUCGCCACUCGCUCUCAGCUCUGCCUUCGGAUGAGUCCGUAGAGUCGAGUGGCCCAUAUCUAGAGCUUGUUGGCUGCCUCAUGUACCUGAUGACCUGCACACGACCUGACCUUGCAUACCCUCUUAGCAUUCUUGCACGUUAUGUUGCUCUUGGGAGACACAGACCAGAGCACAUGGCUGGAGCGAAGAGAGUGUUGCGCUACUUGUGCAGUACGUCGGGCAUGGGGCUCGUGCUUGGAGGGCGGAGUUCAGUGGUCCUCACUGGGCACGCGGACACUUCUUGGGCUGACGACCAGGCUACUCAGCAGUCGUCGCAAGGUUACACCUUCAGUCUUGGUUCCGGCUCUGUUUCGUGGCGGGCUACUCGCUCGUCUUCUGUUCUCAGCUCCAGUUGUGAGGUUGGGAUCUACGCCGGGGCCAUGGCUGCACAGGAGCUUCGCUGGCUCACCUACCUGCUGACUGACCUUGGAGAGCCGCCUCGUUCUCCUCCAGUGCUGUACGUAGACAACAAGGCCAUGCUGGCCUUGUGUUGA